AUGGAGUUUGAUACACCCGCAGGAAGGUUCGCCCAUCCUCUGGCUGCCACACGGGCGGAUGUACGAUGGCGUCCUCUAGGGAAGUCCCCACCUGGCUUAACAGACUCUGCUGACAAACGAGAAGAAGGCAAACGAGAAGAAGACAAACGAGAAGAAGACAAACGGGAAGAAGACAAACGAGAAGAAGACAAACAAGAAGAAGACAAACGAGAAGAAGACAAACAAGAAGAAGACAAACAAGAAGAAGACAAACAAGAAGAAGACAAACAAGAAGAAGACAAACAAGAAGAAGACAAACAAGAAGAAGACAAACGAGAAGAAGACAAACGAGAAGAAGACAAACGAGAAGAAGACAAACGAGAAGAAGACAAACAAGAAGAAGACAAACAAGAAGAAGACAAACGAGAAGAAGACAAACGAGAAGAAGACAAACAAGAAGAAGACAAACGAGAAGAAGACAAACGAGAAGAAGACAAACGAGAAGAAGACAAACAAGAAGAAGACAAACGAGAAGAAGACAAACAAGAAGAAGACAAACGAGAAGAAGACAAACGAGAAGAAGACAGAAGAAGACAAACGAGAAGACAAACGAGAAGAAGACAAACAAGAAGAAGACAAACAAGAAGAAGACAAACGAGAAGAAGACAAACGAGAAGAAGACAAACGAGAAGACAAACGAAGAAGACAAACAAGAAGACAAACAGAAACAACUCCACCAUAUCAUAA